AACGAUACUUCUACAUCAAUAACAUGGCUUUCGACACCCAUUGACUCGUGCGACUCGAUCUACCUUUGGUCUUAAUAUUGGCAUUUCGGCUCCUGAGCAAACCUGUGCUUCGAGCACUAUGCUUCCGCCCGCAUCGAAAUACUAUUGACACCUUCAAGCAUGGAGUUCCUCCAGUAUUUAUUCGGCCUCAUUUAUGGCUUUUUGUACUGCUUCUUCAUGAGCUUCGCCCCUACACGCAAAUCAGUACGACACACCCCCAAACCAAAGUCAAUCAUAACAUAUGACGAUUACUACAACAACCAGUUGAUUCUUGACACCUUGCGUGGAGUCGAUGGCUGGACCACUCAAGACAAGGACUCUUCCUAUGACUGGCAAGACCUAGCCACUCACCGACGAGAACUUGAACGUUGUCGGAAAUUCCACGAUGAUCGAGCACUGUGCAGCCAUUUGCGCGACCAGAGUCUUCGCAAUACUUGUCGAAUCCUAUCCCCUUCUCUCUAUCGAAAAUCCCCCGUUCAGACCAAGCGACUCAUUCACGACUACCUGUUGGAGCUCAGACGCUGUAUUGCAUACGUGGCCGACCCCAAUUCCAUGAGAUCGGGCUCGACCGUUGUGUCGGCUCAUGAGAAGCGACAGCUGUUGAGCGAUAUGCGCACAAUCCUCGGCCGCACCACUCUCGUCCUCCAGGGAGGCGCCAUCGUGAGUUUAUCUCAUAUUGGAGUAGUUAAAGCACUGCAUGAGCAAGGUAUCCUGCCUCAAAUCAUCACCGGGAGUUCAUCAGGAGCAUUCAUUGCUGCCAUUCUCUGCACCAGUUCUCCACGGGAGUUCUCCCAGAAGUUAGAAGGGGUCGGUGUCAACUUGGAGGCAUUUUCUCGCGCUCAAGCGGAACGACCAGCCACUGCCCUCACGACACUACUAAAGUCUCCACUUCUCGAAGCUCUAAGGCGUCGCUAUUUGCGAUAUCAGAAAGAUAGGCACUUUUUCGACAUUCAAGUCAUGCGAGACUGCGCGAAAGACAAUUUAGGAGAGAUAACUUUUGAAGAAGCCUAUGCCAAAACUGGUCGAAUACUAAACAUCACCAUCGCCAUGUCCGAAGUGGCCGGCACCCCUCAAUUGCUCAACUAUGUCACUGCACCUCACGUCCUAAUCUGGACUGCUGUCAUGGCAUCUAUUGCAACCUCGAAACAGAUGUACGCCCCUGCGCAGCUCCUAUGCAAGGACGAGACAGGGGCCAUCGCUAACUACUAUGCGGCCGACUUCUCCGAUCUCCUCUCGGAUCAACAGGUCAUGGUUCACCCAGAGACAGCAUUGCAACGAAUUGGAGAGAUUUUUAACGUCAACCACUUCAUCUUCUCGCAAACCAGACCCUAUGUCGCACCAUUUGUCCGUUUACAGGCGUGGGCAGAUCACUAUCCCCUGCUCGGGGCCAUCGUUCGACUCUCGUUGGGUGAAACCUUCCAUUGGUUGAAGCAAUUUGAGAACCUGGGCAUCUUACCGGUCCCGCUGCAACGUGUCUUACUGGAUGAGAAGGUCCCUGUGCCUGCACAAUGGGGCAAGAUCUCCAUUACUCCCAAGCUUGGACUGCGGGACUUUUGUCACUUGUUUGACUAUCCUACGAUGACAAGGCUGCAAGAAUGGGGGUUUAGGGGCGAGCAAAGUACAUGGCCACGAAUGUGUGAACUCAAAUGUCGAUGUGAAGUGGAAAUGGAAUUGGAUGCCGCAUAUACCAGAGUCUGGAGACGAGUGCCAGGGGCCAUGACAGCCGAUUGAGCCACGGUGCUCCUAUAUAUGCCAGUAUCUGUUGGAUGUAUUGAUAUGCCUCCUC